UUUUGGAAGAUUUAAUUAUUCCACUUCGUGUCCAGUAGAGGACAGCAAAGCGCAGCGCACUGUCUAAUCUGCAGUGGAGGAAAAGACGAAGAAGUCGUUCAUCCCUUUUUCCUCUGUCCACCCUAAAACGCAGACAUCAUGGCUUCCCUUUCGAUGGCCCCGGUUAACAUCUUCAAACAAGGAGCUGAUGAAGAGAAAGCCGAAACUGCGCGUCUGUCGUCAUUUGUGGGGGCCAUUGCCAUUGGCGAUCUGGUGAAAAGCACCCUGGGACCCAAAGGCAUGGACAAGAUCCUGCUGGGCGGCGGCAAAGGCGGCUCGGUGACGGUGACCAAUGACGGCGCCACCAUCCUCAAGGCCAUCGGCGUUGACAACCCUGCCGCCAAAGUUCUGGUUGACAUGUCAAAGGUUCAAGACGAUGAAGUCGGCGACGGGACCACGUCUGUCACCGUUCUGGCGGCCGAGCUUCUCCGGGAGGCGGAGCUUCUGAUCGCCAAGAAGAUCCACCCGCAGACGAUAAUCUCUGGGUGGAGGAAGGCCACGCAGGUAGCCAGAGAUGCCUUGAGGGAGGCGGCCGUGGACCACAGCAACGACACAGCCCGUUUCCAAGAGGACCUCCUGAACAUUGCGCGCACCACGCUGUCCUCCAAGCUGCUGACCCACCACAAGGAUCACUUUGCCCAGCUGGCCGUAGACGCCGUCUUGAGGCUGAAGGGCUCCGGCAACCUGGAGGCCAUCCACGUCAUCAAGAAGCUCGGCGGCAGCCUCACCGAUUCCUACCUGGACGAAGGCUUCCUGCUGGACAAGAAGAUCGGCGUGAACCAACCCAAGAGGGUGGAAAACGCCAACAUCCUCAUCGCCAACACGGGCAUGGAUACGGACAAGAUCAAGAUCUUUGGCUCGAGGGUCCGCGUGGACUCCACGGCCAAGGUGGCUGAGAUCGAGCUGGCCGAGAAGGAGAAGAUGAAGGAGAAGGUGGAGCGCAUCCUCAAGCACGGGAUCAAUUGCUUCAUCAACAGGCAGCUGAUCUACAACUACCCCGAGCAGCUCUUUGCUCAGGCCGGCGUCAUGGCCAUCGAGCACGCCGACUUUGCCGGCGUGGAGCGCCUGGCCCUCGUCACUGGCGGCGAGAUCACGUCGACGUUCGAGCAUCCCGAGCUGGUGCGGCUGGGCCACUGCAAACUCAUCGAGGAGGUGAUGAUCGGCGAGGACAUGCUCAUCCACUUCUCGGGCGUCGCCAUGGGUGAAGCGUGCACCAUCGUGCUGCGAGGAGCCACUCAGCAGAUUCUGGACGAGGCGGAACGCUCGCUGCACGACGCCCUGUGCGUGCUGGCGCAGACUGUCAAGGAGCCGCGCACCGUCUACGGAGGAGGCUGCUCCGAGAUGCUGAUGGCCAAGGUGGUGAGCGAUUUGGCCAACAAGACGCCGGGCAAGGAAGCGGUCGCCAUGGACUCCUUUGGCAAGGCUUUGAGGAUGCUGCCCACCAUCAUCGCAGACAAUGCCGGCUACGACAGCGCCGACCUGGUGGCCCAACUGCGCGCGGCGCACCAGGACAACAAGACCACCUUUGGUUUGAACAUGUGGGAGGGCACGGUGGGCGACAUGGCGGCUCUGGGCGUGACCGAGUCCUUCCAGGUGAAGCGUCAGGUGCUGCUGAGCGCCUCCGAGGCGGCCGAGAUGAUCCUGAGGGUGGACAACAUCAUCAAGGCGGCGCCCAGGAAGAGAGUUCCUGACCACCAUCCGUGUUAGAUGAAGACCGCCAUCUUUAUUUAUCGGUGUACUUCCAAAAAAUAAAAAAAAAUCCUUCUGUAGUGGGAGCACUUUUUGGCAGGCUAGCGUUAGCUGCUACUGCUGGUGUUAGCCAUUGAUCCGCGACGCAUCGUUUUGAAUGGUUUUCUUUGGUUUUGUUGACGCAAAUAAAAACGAAGGUUACAACAA